AUGAAUCGUGAAAAUGAGGAACAAAAAGCAGUUUCCCAAACUCUCUGCGGUGCUUUACAGAAAGAAGCUAAUUGCAAAUGUUUAGUACUAUCUGUACUUAUUUAUGGAUGUAUUGCUGCAGUUACAUGGUGCCGAUGUGCAAAUGUAACGAAGAUUGUCAUCAAUUAUUCCAAGUUUCCUCUUAGAAGUACAAAACAUGUGUCACCCUGUGACGAUGGUUACAUCUAUAUACCUGUGGCGUUCAUGGGGAUGUUGUAUCUUGUAUACUUGGUGGAAUGUUAUCACUCACCAAUCAGAAUUGACCUUUUACACGCAGAGGGUGAAAGCAGUGUUCUUGCCAAGUUGACCCAACUGAAACUUGCUCAACCAACAAUUUGGUGGAAAGCAAUUUCCUAUCACUAUGUGCGUAGAAAGAGACAGAUCACCCGAUAUCGAAACGGUGAUAAUUAUACGACUACUCAGGUAUACUAUGAAAGAUGCAACACACACGUCGCCACUUCUUUUUAUUUUUACGACUAUUGUGGGGUGAAGGACAUUAGUAAAGAGCUAACGACUAAUUCCAAAUUACCAAUCACCAAAAUUACUCUCACGAAGGGAUUCGCUUUCUCCAACGUGAGAUCAGCCACAGAAUUCGAAGAAGCAAGAUCCAGAUUUUUUGCAGAGCAGGAAUUCAGGGACGAUUACAUGGAAAUGAGGGAAGGACUAGAUUUGGGCUACAAUUUCAACCCAAUUACUUUAGUAGCUGUUCUGGGCAAUCCUUGGUUCACCAAUUCUUAUGUUUAUUGGUUUUUGAGCGCACUUCUUCUCAGUUGGCCACUUAGGAUCAUCAUUGAAUAUAAAACUCAGUAUGCAGACUAUCAGAUAACGAAACUGUUCGGAGUAAACUAUGACACCCCAAUGACUUCGCAAAUACAUGCGUCUUCCAGUCAAUUAAGUGCUCCAGGAUCAUACAUGUUAGCACCUAGUUACAGCGAAGCACUUUUAAUGGAACCAGCAUUGCCACCAUCUCAGGAAGAAAUAUCCGAAAAUGAAAAUCUCAUCGAGGCUUUGGAAUCCGACAUGGUCCCCAGUUACUCCGAAGCCCUUCUUUACGAAAGAGCUCACCAGACUUCCCUGCCAGCUAAAAAUUAUGUCAGUCUUCAGUACCACCAAAUCCAAAAUUCUGAACCCUGCGAGUGUCCUUGUCAUCUUGCAGAAUUAGAAAGACAAAACGAACCAGAGGCUUCCACUUCCGGAACAGAAAAUAAUUCUAUCAGUAGAGACGAAAAUAUUCAAACAGAAUCUGAAACAGUGAUGGUUACUUUUGCAGAGAGCUGUCAUUCUUGGGUCGCUCCGUGUCCUCAAGACACCAUAUUUGUAAGUUACGCGGUUCUAUUGGAACCACCUCGCAAUCGUAACUACGUCCCACAACCCACAGUUCACAAUCCACAACUCGUAACUCAAAAAUCACAAAUUACAAAUCACAGCUCACAACUCAAAAUUCUCAACCAACAACUCGCAACCCUAAACUCACAGCUCAUAAUCCACAACUCAACAGCUCACAACGCACAACUCACAGUCCACAAUCCACAACUGACAACUAAAAAUUCAGAACCCAAAACUCAAAAUUUCGCAACCCAAAAAUCACAGCUCACAACCCACAACUCGCUGCUCGGAACUGACAUCUCACAGCUCCUGCAUCACAAUACACAACUCACAACUCAAAGUACACAACCACAAAUCCUGAUAAUCCACAGUCUACAGCUGAAAGCUCACACCGAACAGAUCACAACACACAGUUCACAACUCACAACUCAAAUAAGUAACCCAAAUCUCGAAGUUAAAUCAGAACCUUUAUCGACGAGGCACCAGAUCAAGAAUCGCCUGAGUGACUGCACCUUUAGCACCCAACCGAAAAUCUGUGCUGAUUGUUUAAGAAGUUCAGCGAGCGAUCCUAACAGAAUCAACAGGUCGUCUGGUGAAUUAGGAUGUAAUCGAAUUUUUUCCCAGGAAAGAGGAAGAAAUUUGAGAGCGUCUUCAAGAGGAAGUUCCCUAGAAUUAUUGAAUGAAAGUUCCGAAAAUAAAACGAGGAUUGUCAGAGACAUUUCGGAACCAGAUUUUCGAGCGAAUUCCGAACUUUCAGAUCUCUCGAUGAAGUUUCUUUGGACAAACGGCCGGAGUUUAGAAAAUAUUUUAGAAAAUGAAGAAACGGAUGUGUUAAAGAUGAGAGCUAGAUCUGAAAGAGCAGAGGCUUUGGUUUUGGAUGAUCAGGUUGAGUUGACUCCUCUCUCAAGAGAGGAGGCGAUUCGAAAAGGUGCUAUUCCGAAAAACUUUGGUAGCAGGAGCAGAGUGACUGUAAAUCCCAUUUCUGAAGUUGUUAAGAGGAUUCCGACCUCGAGGACGUAUUUUUGUCUGAAGUCGAUUCUGAAGAACAAACAGAGAAGAUAUACUUUGGUGACUCCGGCAGAAUUUCAGGCUAUGGAUCCUGAAAAGUCUGGAGGAGAGACAUCUGAAUUUUGUAGAAAGCGGGACCCUCUUCCUUGUGGUUCGGCUGGGUGUCGAUGUAGUAACUGUGAUAAUGAAGGUGAUGUUCCUGAGAGGGAAUUAACGAGGGUCGAAAAUUUAGAUGAAUCAGUCAGGGUGCAUUGUACUCUGAAGUCAGAAAACUCAAGAACACUCAUUUUCGCAAGUCCAAUCCAAGAAAUCUGUCCUUCGGAUCCAUUCCAAGGCAAGAAUGUCGUCCAGAGUGAAAAUCCUCCAACCUACGAAGAAACAUUAAAUUUACCAGUGCUAUCCAGACUCAGGAGAUCCUUGACUGAACGAGAAGCUUUCGGAUCAAAACCCAGGAGUCAGUGGAAACAUCAUCGAACCAUGAGCACUGGACCCGAGCAUCUUUUUUCCGGAAGACACGAUCCUGCCAUUUCUCUUCCAUCUUACGAUGGUCUCACGAUUCCACCAGACUCUAGAAUAAAUUUGCGAAACAACGAUUUCCUCUCGACGAACAAUUCUCCUUCAUUCUCCCAAGAGGACCAGCAGAGACCCGAAGACCAAAGUUCGAACUUCAACCUGGAGAGACCCACCAGGUUGACUCGAUCUCUCACAGAAAGGAGAGUCAAACCAGACCAAAGAAGACACGAUCCAGUUCUUCGCAAAAGCUUCACAGACAGGAUAGAUUAUUCUUUUAGUGGAAAUGAUGGGAGAGGCCCGAAUCUAAAUAUGGAAACUUCUUUUCAGGGAGGCAUUAGACCCACUGCCAAAUUCGCUGACGAGCGCAGCUCGGCUCUCACAUGCGGAGAUCCCCAGUUAGACCUGCUGCAAGAGUGCGCGCGCACGCUGGACACGCACAUGUUGGGGAGGGGGUAA